GAGCCGCCCGGUACCGGAAACGAAGCCAAACGUACGGCGCCAUUGUUGACGAAAAACGUAAACAAAGAUAGAAAUCCAUUGCAUCUGAUCGUUUAGAGCCAAAAAAUCAAGUUCAGAUAUAAACUGUUUUAACACAUUAGUAUUACCAUGUCUAUCGGUGUUCCAAUUAAGGUCAUGCAUGAGGCAGAAGGCCAUAUAGUGACUUGUGAAACUACUACCGGCGAAGUGUACAGAGGAAAAUUAGUUGAAGCUGAAGACAACAUGAACUGUCAAAUGGCCAACAUAACAGUCACAUACAGAGAUGGCAGAGUUGCACAGCUCGAGAACGUGUACAUCCGUGGCAGCAAAAUUAGAUUCAUGAUACUACCUGAUAUGUUGAAAAAUGCACCAAUGUUCAAAAAAAUUCAAGGAAAGGGACAGUCAGCAGGAAGGGGGAAGUCAGCAAUAUUGAGAGCGCAAGCUGCCCGCGGUCGGGGACGUGGCGGAGGUGGUGGACGCGGUGGUCGGGGUGGAUUCCAGCGCAGAUAGACACAAUCAGCAGCAUACAUUUUGUACAUAGACUUCAUGUGUUAUCUCAAAAGACAUUUGAUCGUGUCAUGUUUUCUGCAGUUUUGCAGAUUUGUCAUUGCAUCAACUCGUACAAAGAACAAUACUUGACCAAGAGUAAUGUAAAUGUUAGUUAACACGAGUAUUGUUAUGUUGUCAUUUUGAUUUGAAUCAUGUUCAUUUAAACAAUUUCAUAUUACAUGAUGAUGUAUUUAACUUACAUGUGAGUUGUUUCUACUGUUGUAUUAUUAGAAACUAUGUCUGUAUUAAGUCUGUGCAUGUACAUUUAAUCAUUGUCAGUUGAUCACAAAUCACCAGUGAGUAGACUAAAGCUUUGUGGUACAGAACAAACAUGUAUGAUUAAGAUCAUAAUUACAGACUAUAAUACUUCUAAGACUUGUACUAGAAAAAGACUUGUACUACAACUGGGUGCCAAUACUUAUUUAAGUAUACAAAUUCAUUGGUAUCAAUUGCUGGAAAUUGUUGUGUAUUUUUGUUCAUUGUUUUGAUGUCAACAAGAAAUGAAAAAUGUAAAAGAUACCAGUAAAUGUUUUAUAGAAAUGAA